AUGGUAAAAGCCACCUUGCCGCCCACUGCUACUAAAUCACCAUCACCCCAGGUUAAACUGGUGCUUGCCGUUGCACCAGGGGCCGUUGCGCUCGGGGCUUUCUUCUUACUUUUCAGCAACGUUGGGAAAAUGGUUUUUGUCUUGAGAAAGAGAGUUUACAUAGUUAAAUGGCAGCUGUCUGUGCAGCAUCUCUGUGCUUCAAGACUUCCUGCAAGAGAAGAUGGCAGUGAGGCCCAUGAAGCACUUGCAUCUGUCAGUCGCCUGUUACUUAAGGAAACCUUGACCAAGUUUCCAGGGAUUCCAUUAUUGGCAUUCUCCCCGGAAGACUUAUUUCCAAUUAUCCUUGAAGCUGGUUUAUUGACUUCGGGCAUAUCUCCAUUCGUAGAAGCUUUCUUUACAGGUGCAUGCACAUUACUUACCUCUCUCGUCAAUUUCAGAGAAGCAACCUUAUUAUCUUCUUUCGAUGUCGACCUUUCACUUAUUGAUUUCCUAGAAGUACUCCGUACUUGGGACCUCAAAUCCUUCUUUGCACCCUUCAAUCUGGGGCUCUCUCUGCCCUUGGAGUCUAUAUUCCCUUCCCAACUCUUUCUCAAUGCCUUAGGCCCAAUUUCGAACCCCUGCACAAUAUUAUUCCUCACCAAAUUCCCACCUGGAACCUUCUUCCCAAUCACGCUCCCCCCACGAACGGGACUCGCCUUCUCCUUGAUCUUCGCCUGCUGCUUAACCCCAUUCGCAAACUUCUCAAAUGAACUAGUCGGGGAUGAGGGUAUUGACCUCGAACCUCCUGAGAAGGGCUUCACUUUCCCCACAGGCUCCUUCUUCACGUCCAGCAACAAAGCAGGCUUAGAUAGCUGGGACUUUGACCGAGUUAACACGGGAGGACUCUUCUUCUUCUCCGAAAUUAACACUUUUUCCUCUUUACUAGAACUUGUACUGGUGCCGUCAUCUUUCUUGUGCGCCGACUUAUAA